GAAAAGCAACGCCCCAGUCACAUAUACUAGAAUAAUUAUGUUAUUUUUAACUUGGCUCGUAUUCCGAGAGAUUUGCAAACAUUACUCACAAAUGCCAUAAAUACCAAGGAGAAAGAGAGCGGGUGGACGGGGGGGUGCACAACUCCAAGACGAAAAAACAGAAUUCCCAUACUCGCUCUUUUGGCGCACGGAAUAACUUAACUCGGAAAACCGGACGGAGUAGGGUGACUCACUCUUCAGUUGGGGAAAACUCACUCACAUCCACAUUCACAUUUCCAUAGCACACUUAUAAGGGCCAGCUCAAAUGGCCCAAUAUUGAUGGCCCCCUUCGGUGGGUGGGUGGUUGUGCGAGUGAGCCGUUGAGCUGGUGAGCUGGUGAACUGGUGAGCUACUGGCUAGUGUGGCUAGCCAGUUAGCCUGCUGGCCUGCUAGAAUGCUAGCCCUAGUCCUCGCUGACCAGUACGCGCUGAAUCGUCCGACUGACCGCAAGUGCCGGUGCCACAGUGGCCUCCGGAAGUAUCCGCCUCGGGAAUUGGGAGCACGCAACUCCAAAUGGCUUUGUUGUGUAUAAAUAUGUGCGCCUAGGCGAACCACCAAUAAACAUUUCGAAUGCAGCCGGCGAAAAAUAUGCAAGACUCUCUAAUACUAAAAUCAAUAAACAUCUAACAAAACAAAACCAUUAAAUACCAUUAAAAACGGAACAACGAUAGCAAAUCCAACAUGGACAUUCCUGCCAGCGGAGCCAUUUUCACCCUGGGCAAAUCCCAUCUGGCGGAAAACACCCAAAGCUACUUCUACAUCAAAAACGAUCCUGUGAAGCGCCUGAUUUCCGGUCCAAACCAGAGUGCUGUCAUUUGUGAAUCUGGCCGACUAUUUGUUUGGGGCGAGAACCACUACGGCCAGCUCGGCAUUGGUGGCCAUGGAGGAGCCGGCGGCAAGAAAGCUGCUGGCAGCAACAACAACAACAACAACAACGGGGACAUAGUCACCAAGCCCACCUGUGUGAAGGCCUUGAAAACGCUGGGAUUAAAGAUCUGCGACGCCGCCUUUGGCAAUCACUGGGCCGUGAUGCUGACACAUUCCAAUGAGAUCUUUUUCACGGGUCGCAACAUCUUUCCCGAGGACACCCAUGUGGCUCAGCACUUUACCACGGCAGAAGUGGAUCAGCAGUCUUGUGCCAUUAUCCGAAAGCCCUUUCGACUGGAGGAAUUUGAUGAUUACUUGUCCAAAAACGAGGAGACGGACAACUUUAUGGCAGUCCAAGCGGGCAAUGAACAUUUCGCCGUGCUAACCAGCACUGGUCGCUUGAUUGGAUGCGGUUCUAAUGCCCAAAUGCAGCUCGGAGAACUUGAAACGGACUAUGAUGGUCAUCCGGUGGAGAUUCGUCUGGAUUCACCUGUACAACAGUUUGCCUGCGGACCUGAAUCCACGCUUGUUCUGACCGCCAGUGGGAAUCUCUUCCUGACCGGCCACCUCAACGAGUUUGUCUUUCCGCGCUUCACCGAGCUGCAGAAGAACCUGCCGCCCACCGAGGCCAUUAUCUUCAUGCACAUUUCCAAGACCAGUGAAGUUUAUAUCGUGACCAAUGCGGGCAGCAUUUACCGCAGCUUCGAAUCGGUGCGAAACAAGAGCCUGGUCUUUCAGCGCUUCUACGAUUAUGACAGCGAGGAGAAUGGUCCCAUCUGGAAGCUCUUGAAGGGAUUCUCUUUCUAUGCGGUUCUUAGCAAGGCCAACAAGUUCUUUACCACGUUCUCGGAGAGCGGUCAUCACCUGAAGACAUUCCGCGAGAUCUCCAAGUUCAAGAACCUCCGCUUGCUGGACAUAGCUGUGGGGGAUCAGCACGUAUUGGUUCAAGGCAUUCCGAGAUCCUCGAUGUCCUCGGCCUCUGUGAGUGGAUCAGCUGAACCAAAUCGCUACAUGAGUCGUAGUUUCGUUCUGCAACCGCCUGAUGUAAACGGAAACGGGGAGCAGGGCAGAAACCACAGUGGCAGGAGUCUUACCAAACAAAAAGGAGUUGAGGAUGCGGAGGAGCGACCCAUAGCGGCUACUGUGGCAGGAUUGACAGCUGCAGCUGGAGCUGGAACAGCGGCGGCCAUGGAGGCCGUUAAGCAUUUAGUCAACGGGGAGAAGCCAGAAGAAAAAGAGGAAACAACUAAAGCCCAGGACAUGAAUGCAAAUAUGGAAGUUCAGAAGGCUGUAAGCGAAGGACCCCAGGAAAUAAAUGAUAAUAAACAAGAGGAUCCAAUUUCAAAUGAGAAUUCAAAUCUAAUGGAAGGCCAGUCUACCACGCUGUUAAAAAACACGGAAGACACUGAAGCUGCAAUAAGUCAAGAUCAUGAUAAAACGGAUCAAACAGAAACAAUUGCAACAAGUGAAGCUACGAAGACAAUGAGUGAAUACAAAGAGAUGGAACCCACAGCACCCACAGAAUCCCCCAUGAAAUCAAUUGAAAGUAAGGAGCCAGACACCAUGGAAUCUUUAGCGAAACUCCCAGGUUCACCAGUCAAACCAAGUGAAUCUCCUGGUAAAUUAAAAGCAUCUCCAGUUAAACCCGAGAAAUCCAUGCAGAAGCUACCUACUCCGCCUACACACACACCCACACCUCCAAAAUCCCCCGCUGAAUCUCCGAGAUCCGAGAUGCACUUUCUACAUUCACCAAAUCCGGAAGAAAAAAUACCUGGCAGCCUGGAAAAGCGACUCCGUCCACGAACUCCGUAUCCGGAGAGCAGUAAUUCCAGCACUCCACAAACGAUAAAAAAGACUCCAAUACGAAACUUUUCCUACGAGGCAGCAAUGGAUCAUGAUCACCUGGAGAGGACCUCCCCCGAGUUGGUAGACAGCCUGGAAACUGUGCACGAAGUGCCUUCGGCGACGAUCCAAGUUAACACGCCCACACCGCCCACGGAAGAGGACGAGCAGCUUGCCGUGGAGAUAACCACGACUAAGGAUUCGAAGGACAGCAACAAGGUGAUCAACGAGAUACGAUUCAUAAACAAUGGCGUGGAUGUCACGGCCAAGGUGGAAGAACAAAUGCCGGACACACCGAUAGAGAGCUCUGUGGAGGACUUGGAAUCGGACGGCGAGCAAAUGCUGCAGCAAGUGGAGGAGCAUGUAGACAAAAUCGUGACGAACACGGAAGAGGCAACCGCAAAGGCCGGCGAAGAAGCACUGGAUCUCAUGGACUCCACCCGAAACUCCAUCCAAACGGCGGUGAGAAAUGCAGCAAACGGAGCCCGUGAUGCCAUGGAGGCAGCAGGAGAGCGGAUGGCCACAGGAGCUCGGGGAGCCGUGGAUGCUGUAGGUGGAGCAGUGGGCGGUGCUGUGGGCGCUGUAGGCGGCGCCGUGGGGGCAGCUGGAAAAGGUGCCCAACGAAUGGCCAGCGAUGCCAUGCACGCCGUGGAACAGGCGGGCAGUAAUGCGGUAAAAGCCGCCUCGGAAACAAAGGAUUCCAUGGGCAGGGCUAUGGACUCGGUGACCAGCAAGAUCUCCAGUGAAGUGCAGGGCGCCAAAGAAAACAUCUCUUCGUUGUUCCAGAUAAAAGCGGCCAGGGAGGCGGAUCCUCAGACCACGCCGGUCUCCACGCCCCGCGGCGAGGAUGACUUAUCCUCCAAAGAGGGAGCUCCCAAGACGACUACAACUCUUGGUUCCAACGAAGAGGAUGAGCGAACAACGGCCUCCGUGAACUCAAACCACAAUUCCGCAGGACAUGGCAAUGGCAAUGGUAAUAUCUUUGAGCCCAGCAAUCCCUUUGAGGACCCAUUAGAUGCGGUGGUGGAACGCAGCAAGAAGGCUAUGCAAGAAGACAUCCGGGCAAUGCAACUGCGGGCCAAUUCCCAUGUCCAAGCGGUAGCUCAGCAAAAAGAGGAGGACGCCAAGGGGUUCAUGCAACACGUGAUUGACAGGCUCUCGUGCCGCAACGAGAAGGCGGUCAGGAUUGAAGAUGAAGUGCGUCCGCCGGUUGCGAUUCCGAACAAAAACACAAACAAGGUGAACAGCGAGUUGAGCUUAACCAAUGGACAGGCACAUGGCGAUCAGCCGCAGGCGUCGCGGGUCUGCACGAUUUUAUAAAACUUGCACCAACGUCAGCACUUUUCUAAGCAAUUGCAUUUGGUCUUGAAGUACAAUUUAACGAAAAUAAAGAAAACGAAAUUGCAACAAAAAAACUCUUCACCGGGUAGUAUGACCGUACUGGGGCGGGA